UGAAUAACGGUGCAGACAUUUGAUGCCUAAUUUGGUUUGCUGGGCGGGGAGCUGCUCCUCCGAGGUGCUGCUUAGUCGAGUCUGGGAGCUGAGGACUUGCAAUUUGCCUCUGGAUGUCCCGGAGAACAGAGAGUAUCCGCAGCCAAAAACCCAGACAAGUUUUCUCUGCCUGCUCUGAGUUGCUGGUGUUUAAAAUCUGAGGAAGUGACACCCGAAAGGACGAGACUCGUAUCUCACAGGCAUCUUUUCAGCUUCACUCAUCACCGACUGCAUCUCGCAUCAUGGCCAUAGUCCUCCAAUCCAGCCCCCUCCUAUGGACACGGUUGGCAGCCCUGAUCUUCUCCUGCGUGGCCUUCUCCGUGGCCGUACAUGGUGGCAGACUCUACCACGGCACAGGAGACUGGUGCAUCUUCUGCUGGGCCUUCAGUUUCGCUGGGACUCUGCUCGUCAUCCUGGUGGAGCUGUUUGGCCUUCAGACCAGAGCCCCCGUUUCCUGGAAGAACUUCCCUAUCACCUUCGCCUGCUACGCCGCCCUACUCUGCCUGUCCGCCUCCAUCAUCUUCCCCCUCUACUUCCUCAAGGGCACCACAGGCCCCAGUGAAGUCCGCAACUACCGCAUUGUGUCAACUGUCUUCUCCUGCCUGGCCACCAUUGCCUACAUGAGCGAAGUGAGCAUCAGCAAGGCUCGUCCGGGCGAGGUCGCCGGCUACAUGGCCACAGCCCCUGGCCUGCUGAAAGUCUGCGAAACCUUUGUGGCAUGCAUCAUUUUUGUCUUCAUCAGCGACCCCGUGCUGUACAACCACCACGAUGCACUCAAAUACUGCAUGUCCGUCUACUGCAUCUGCUUCAUCCUGUCGGCGGCAAUCAUCAUGCUCUGUAUCGGCGAGUGCACCGGCUGCCUCCCCUUCCCAUUUGCCCGCUUCCUGUCUGCCUAUGCCCUGCUGGCCGUGGUUCUAUAUCUGUCAGCAACCAUCAUCUGGCCCAUCUUCAACUUUGACCCCAAGCAUGGCGGAACGAAACAAAGGCCCUACAGUUGUGGCAGCACGCUGGGGCUUUGUGUUUGGGAUAAGCUCAUGGCAGUGGCUGUGCUCAGUGCUGUCAACUUCAUCCUCUACCUGGCUGAUCUGAUCUACUCCACCCGCCUGGUGUUUGUCAGUGCCUGAGGGAAGAGAAAAGUAGGUUAGACCAGCAGUAUACUCCAAGUAAAAUUCAAUUUGGCAUGUUCUCAAAAGUUUUUGAACUACUGUCUGGCCUGUUUGUUUAAUGGCAGCUUCUGGUUCAUGAUGGUAUCAGACUGUAAAGUUAAACCACAACUGGUAGUUUAUUGAAGUAUUCUAAUCUGGUGUGACUCCAUUUGCUGAAAAUUAAAAGAUUUGAUUUCACUAUGGUUCUGGUAGAGCAAAAUACAAAAAGUAAAAGUGUCCCAAAGUACUUUGCUGAACCAGUAUGUACUGGAGAUGUACUGAUGUACUGGAGAUAACAUAUUGGGGGCAGUGAGCAUGGCCUUUUGAAGAAGAUAAGUUCAUCUUGCUAAGUUAAUCCAACUAAAAUCUUGUGUUGUAAGGCACAAAUCUCACAGUUUUGCCUCUGCAAACCUGCCAAAUUUGAUUUUGUGUAAAGUAUACUGCCAGUCAGAGGACUGCAGAGAGGGAAGAGGGAGAGGUUGAGGGCAAUGGCUAUGUUUACACGUACAACAAUAUUCCUUUAAAUUACUGUGGCUUUCUGCUCAUGUGUUGGAUCAAAUAAAUGUCAAGCUUGGCUUCCAGUGAUCUGGAAAGACUCCUGUCUUGACUAUAAGAGACCUGAAUGUGAUUGCUGGAACAUGCUGAUUUUUUCAAAACAGUUUUAAUGAGAGAUUAUUGCCAAUUGCAGUAUUCUGAAUACAAGAUUAUUCCAUGUACACAGAGUGAAAUGAGUAAACUAUGUACAGAGAAUCUCCUGAACAAGAAUCCAACAAGGAUACAAGUUAACACCCAAAAUACUAUGUGCAUGUAAACAUAGUCUGUAAUGACAGUGAAGAAAAUGGUGGCUUAUUGUUGUGUUAUUGUUAAUUUUUUGUAUAACGUAUGUAUCAGUGCUCAGCCUUAAGUUUGUUUUCACUUUGAUGUCAGGUAUAAAAAGACUGCCAAGCAGUAUUUUUGUUUUUAAUAGCUGAAGGUAGAAAAAGAAAUCAAUAUUAGCUUUAAGAAGCUAACUGAUGGAGAAAACAUUUGAAUGCCGCACAAUUGGUAAUGCAAGACUUUAAAGAAGGUUUUUGUUUUUGAUUUUAUUAAAUGAAUUGACAGUUUCUUUCCCCAACAGAAUGCAGAGCAACUGAUCAGAUUGUAUCAUUCGUCAUCUUUAUGCAACUCCGGUGUUUUAAGACUUGAAGUAGUGCAGCAUAGCUUAUGUGAUGUUAAGAUGAAUGCUAGGCUAGCUUUUUGCUCCUGUUAUAUGUGCAUCUGUAUCUGCUAGCGACAGUCAAUGUCAAGAAUAUAUAUGUGGAAUGAACAUAUGCAAGAUUGUGGAUUUCAAAAACAAGAAAAGUAUAGUGCACUUAGUAUUUUUGAUGUGUGUGUAAAUUUCUGGCAUCUCCAAAUACAAAUGCACCUAACACCAAACUCACACCACUAAAUUCAUUUAUGUUGUUGAUUGGGUCUAUUGGUUUAGUACUGCUGCAAUAAAUAUUCAGAGAAAGAUACCAAAAAAGCUCCUUCUCUUUCCCUCCAGACCCUUUUAUAAUACUCUGUUUGUGUUUCUAGUGUGCAUCACAUCAGUGUUAUAGGAAAACGUAAUCCGGUGUUUUAAUAAAACCACAUGGUAAACAGA